CUUUCUUCCGACGCACUUCAUUCUUUGUAUAAAUCCAAUCGAACUGCUACUCAACUUGUCCCAAUUAACCUUGAAUUCCCCAUUUAUGGCUUUCCCCAACCUCAAAACUUUCUUCUUUCUCAUCCCAUUGAACUAAGUUUCACCAUACUACCAUGGUGGAUACCCUAACUUCACCGUCGCCUUCGAUGUGGCGCUUCCACCACCGCCGUUGGAUUCCCGCCCUCUUCUCUUCUUACAAGACCCUUUUCACACUCCUCUGGAUCGUCGGAUUCACAUCAGUUUUCAUCUGGCAACACAACGUCGUCGAGGGCUUCUUGAUUUUCCGGCGGCCCCUCGUUUCUCGAUCCUUUCCCCAGCUCCGACCCUUUUCUUUUAAUCUCACGGAUUUCGGAGCUGUCGGAGACGGCAUCACUCUCAACACUAAGGCUUUCGAAGAUGCGGUUUCUGCUAUCUCAAAGCUCGGGAAGAGAGGUGGUGGUCAGCUCAAUGUUCCUGCCGGAAAGUGGUUGACGGCGCCAUUUAAUUUAACAAGUCAUAUGACACUGUUUCUUGCCGAAGAUGCUGUUCUACUUGCUAUCGAUGAUGAAAAGUAUUGGCCUUUAAUGCCUCCUUUACCAUCUUAUGGUUAUGGCAGAGAGCAUGGUGGACCUCGAUAUGGAAGUUUUAUUCAUGGUCAACAUCUCAAAGAUAUUGUGAUCACAGGACAUAAUGGUACAAUUAAUGGUCAAGGUCAAAAAUGGUGGAAAAAGUUUCGUCAAAAGCGACUCAAUCACACGAGGGGCCCACUUGUGCAAAUCAUGUGGUCAAGUGAUAUUUUGAUAUCUAACAUCACUUUACGCGAUUCACCCUUUUGGACACUUCAUCCAUACGACUGUAAAAAUGUAACAAUUAGAAACAUGACAAUCUUGGCUCCCAUUUUUCAGGCUCCAAACACAGAUGGCAUAGAUCCUGACUCAUGCGAGGAUAUGAUUAUAGAGGAUAGCUAUAUAAGUGUUGGGGAUGAUGCGAUUGCGAUAAAAAGUGGUUGGGAUCAAUAUGGAAUUGCUUAUGGAAAGCCCUCAAAGAAUAUUUUAAUUCGGAAUCUUGUGGUUCGCUCGAUGGUUAGUGCGGGAAUAUCGAUAGGAAGCGAGAUGUCAGGAGGGGUAUCGAACGUGACAAUCGAAAACAUUUUGAUCUGGAAAUCAAGACGCGCGGUUCGAAUCAAAACAGCAGCAGGAAGAGGGGCGUAUGUUCGGGACAUAAAAUACCGAAAUAUAACGUUUGACAAUGUGAGAGUUGGAAUUAUAAUAAAAACAGAUUACAAUGAACACCCGGAUAAGGGUUAUAAUCCAAAAGCUUUCCCUGUGAUAAGGGACAUAAGUUACAGGUCGAUUUAUGGUGAGGGAGUGCGGGUCCCGGUUCGUAUACAAGGUAGUGCAGAUAUUCCUGUAAGGAAUGUAAGUUUCAAGGAUAUGUCUGUAGGGAUUGCAUACAAGAAGAAGCAUAUUUUUCAGUGUGCUUAUCUUCAAGGACGAGUUAUAGGGUCUAUUUUUCCAGCCCCUUGUAAAAAUCUUCAUCUUUAUGAUGAACAAGGGAGGCUUGUGAGAAAGUCUAAUUCUGAAAAUGCUUCGGAUAUAGAUUAUGAUAUUUGA